UUUGCAUGGUCCUAUUGACAGGAGCUUACUUUUAAGAGUUUAUUACACCAUUAAAUGAUGAAAUCUGCCUUUUGUUAUGACUGAUGACUGCCUACAGUCUGGAUUACAGUAGAUCAAGGAGAAAAACGGGAUUCAGAAAUACAGCAACAGAUCCUCCUCCAAAGUCCUCCUCCUUUUCAUGGGACCCUAGACUUGCCCUCAUCUCACCCUCUCCCAUCUGGACACCCAAGCUCCACAAAGUCUCUCUUCCCCCUCCCCUUUCCUUUUUGAUGGAUAGUUUUUGCAAAGCUCUGCACCUCAACAUCAAGACUUGAGAAUGAACAGAAGAAUAGAAAACCACAGAAAAGGAGGACUGGUCUAGGGAAGCUCCAAAGUGCCUAUAUAAGCCCACCUCCUCCGCCCCUUCGUCCCCCAUCAUCAUCAUCACCAUCCCCACCACCACCAUCACCACCACCAUCACCCCCACCCGCUCUCCGCCUCCCCCCUGCGCUACUCCCCUCCCCCGCAUCCAGCUUUAACCAUGGCCACAGCCGCGACCGCCUCUUCCUCCCCCUCGUCUUCGCCAUCGUCCUCGGCCAAUGGUAGCGCCCGGGAGCACCUUCUGGCGGUGCGCCGAAGGACCCCUCACUCCAGGCCCUACACCAUUGGACCGGAGAACCUGCGCGGGCUGUCCAGUUCGGGGGCAGUGGGCACCUCCACGCCACCCCCUUCCUCACCCGUGCCCUCCGAGGUGCCCCAGGAGAACACAGGGGUGGGGCUGCAGCGGGCGAAUAGUGACACAGAUCUGGUCACGUCCGAAAGCCGCUCUUCUCUGACGGCGUCCACCUACCAGCUCACUCUGGGGCAGGGGCAUCUGGUCAUAUUCUGGGACAUCAAGGAAGAGGUGGAUGCUACGGACUGGAUCGGCCUGUACCACAUAGAUGAGACAUGCGUGGCAAAUGUAUGGGACUCAAAGAACCGCGGCGUGAAUGGCACCCAAAGGGGCCAGAUCGUGUGGCGACUGGAGCCGGGACCCUACUUCAUGGAGGCGGAGACGAAGGUCUGCUUUAAAUACUACCAUGGAGUGAGUGGAGCGCUGAGAGCCACCACACCCUGUAUCACCGUCAAGAACCCAGGAGUCACUGUGGGCAGUGAAGGACAAGUAGAGGACCAAUCAGGAACUGAGCACUGCCGCAAACUUGUCAGCUUCACUUUGUCAGACAUUGCAGCAGUGGGCUUGAAGAAGGGCAUGUUCUUCAAUCCGGACCCUUACCUGAAGAUGUCCAUCCUGCCCGGGAAGAGGAGCGGAAUGCCCAAGUUCACUCACCACGGGCAAGAGAGACGUUCCUCUAUCAUCUCCAACACCAUCAACCCAGUGUGGAACGGAGAGAAAUACACCUUUGUGGCGCUAAUGACAGACGUACUGGAAAUCGAAGUCAAGGAUAAGUUUGCUAAAAGCCGUCCAAUUAUCAAGAGAUUCCUGGGCCAGUUGAUAAUACCUGUUCAGAGGCUGCUAGAUGGACCAGCUUCAGAUGAUCAUCCAGUCACCUACAGCCUUUGCCGUCGCCUGCCCACGGACAUGAGCGGUCAGCUGCACUUCAGAGUGUCCAUUACCUCCACUGGACAAGAAGAGGCCUCUCCUGACACAGUGGGAGCCAUGUUGGACGGUGCUGUGAACGGUGACCCAGGCAGCCCCUCAGAUGACGAAGACCUCCCUCACGCCUCCUCUUCCUCUCGGGUCACCUGCGGAGCGUCCCCCACCGGCUCUGAGGAGGGCUCCCUGCUGGUCAAUGGGUCCUGUUAUUACGACGAUGUGUGGGCAGAGCCAGGACACCCACGGGAUAGCGACAUUGCAGCGAUGGGGAGACACACGCAUCGGCAGGUAUCGCUCAAUGACUAUCUGGACGCUUUGGAGGCACAGAGGAACGCACAGGAGAGGACUUUGGCUGGACCUUCUCCCAAACUGAGAUCUAGCUUUCCCACGGACACGAGGCUGAAUGCCAUGCUGCACAUUGACUCAGAUGAGGAGGAGGAGACGGGAGCAGAGCCAAGAGAACAAAGCCAAGGAAGUACAAUGCAACAAGAGAAUGGGGCGGUGAAAGAGGAGCAGCAGACUAGUGGUGUAUCUCAGGACAACCAAGAGGCGGGAUCUUCGUCAGGUGGUCUGUCUGUAACCACAGAGACGGAAGCAUCAGGGGGUCCAGCUGAAGAAGAGACCCAGGAAGGAACGCUAACUACCACCAUUACUGCUACUGCUGCUGAUAGUUCUCCAUCCGGGAGUGGAGAGGCAGAGGGAGAAGCUGUCUCAAGUCCACCCCAGCCUGAAGGUGCAGAGGGUGGGGCAGCAGCAAGCACAGAGAGCCCUGGUUUGGAGUGUACCUGCCCCAACCAAAGCAGGACCAACCAGGAAGUACUGUGCAGCUCUGCUCUGACAUGUGGGCCCCUGUCUCCUAUAGAGGAGGUGGACAUGGGGAAAGAGCUGGCCCCCAAGGCGGAGGAGGAGGGGGUGGAGUCAUCGAGCAGUGAGGCCAAUGGUCCAGUAGAGACAUCGGCCACAACAGAGCAGACUACAGCCUCAGACUCUGGAACCAGAGCCAGCCACAGCAGCAGGGCGGGGCAGGAGGAGCAGGAGGGUAGCGAGGAGGCGGCUGGGGGUGUGUGGAGAAGACGGCGCUCCCUACAGGCCGCUGGAGGUCAAAAUCAAGCUUCAGACUCAGGGGGCACAGCUCAGGUCAAUGGGCACCCGUCUGUCCGCACUCUGCCAUCUGUGCACCAUGACAUCAGCAGAUACCAGCGGGUUGAUGAGCCACUGCCCCCAAACUGGGAAGCGCGUAUUGACAGUCACGGGCGCAUCUUCUACGUGGACCAUGUGAAUAGAACCACAACUUGGCAACGUCCCACAGCGCCCCCUGCACCUCAGACUCUGCAGAGGUCCAACUCCAUACAGCAGAUGGAGCAGCUCAAUCGCAGGUAUCAGAGUAUUCGCAGGACUAUGACCAAUGACAGCAGGCCAGAGGAACAGCCAGCCAACGAGCUUCUGUCAGAUGAGACGGAUAUGCAGCCUUCAACUGGAGAUCUGCGCAGGGACUCUGGCCUGGCUCCGUCUAGCUCCCGCUCACGUCUGAACCUCCUGCUUCAGUCUCCCAGCGCCAAGUUUCUCACCAGCCCCGACUUCUUCACUGUGCUGCAUUCCAACCUUAGUGCCUACCGUAUGUUCACCACCAACACGUGUCUGAAGCAUAUGAUCAGUAAAGUCCGCCGUGAUGCGCACCACUUCGAGCGUUACCAACACAACCGCGACCUGGUGGCCUUCCUCAACAUGUUCGCCAACAAACAGCUGGAACUGCCCCGAGGCUGGGAGAUGAAGCAGGAUCACACUGGCAAGCCUUUUUUUGUGGAUCAUAACUCCCGGGCCACCACCUUCAUAGACCCCCGUCUGCCCCUCCAAAGCUCUCGACCGCCUAGUAUCCUUGCUCACCGGCACCACCUCACACGCCAACGCAGCCACAGUGCCGGAGAGGUCAGCCCACGGAGACUGGCUGGUGAAGACCCUCGUCACCCUGGCCCCCCUGUCCUCCCACGCCCGUCCAACACCUUCACAUCCUCCAACCGAGCCCAGUGCCAGGACGUGGUGCCAGUUGCUUACAAUGAUAAGAUUGUGGCGUUUCUACGGCAACCCAACAUCUUUGAGAUCCUGCAGGAGAGACAGCCUGACCUUAGCCGCAAUCAUUCACUCAGGGAGAAGGUGCAGCUGAUCCGCACAGAUGGGGUGUCGGGUCUGGCCAGGCUGUCAGGAGAUGCCGACCUUGUGAUGCUUUUGAGUUUGUUUGAAGAUGAGGUUAUGUCCUAUGUGCCUCCACACGCCUUACUGCACCCCAGCUACUGCCAGUCACCGCGGGGAUCACCGGUCUCCUCCCCACAGAACUCACCGGGUACCCAGAGAGCCAACGCCAGAGCUCCAGCCCCCUACAAGAGAGACUUUGAGGCUAAAUUACGCAACUUUUACAGGAAGCUAGAAACAAAAGGCUAUGGACAAGGUCCAGGAAAGCUCAAACUCAUCAUUCGGCGAGAUCAUCUUUUGGAAGAUGCUUUCAACCAGAUCAUGUGCUAUUCCCGAAAAGAUCUCCAGCGCAGCAAACUCUACGUCAGCUUUGUCGGAGAAGAAGGUUUGGACUACAGUGGGCCUUCCAGAGAGUUCUUCUUCCUCGUUUCCAGAGAGCUUUUUAACCCGUACUAUGGUCUGUUUGAGUACUCCGCCAAUGACACCUACACGGUCCAGAUAAGCCCUAUGUCCGCCUUUGUCGAUAAUCACCACGAAUGGUUCAGAUUUAGUGGUCGUAUUCUGGGUUUGGCUUUGAUUCACCAGUACCUCCUGGACGCCUUCUUCACCAGACCCUUCUAUAAAGGCCUGUUGCGCAUCCCAUGCGAGCUGAGUGACCUGGAGUACCUGGAUGAGGAGUUCCACCAGUCUCUCCAGUGGAUGAAGGACAAUGACAUAGAAGACAUGUUGGACCUCACCUUUACUGUCAACGAAGAGGUCUUUGGACAGAUCACAGAGAGAGAGCUGAAGCCUGGAGGAGCCAACAUCCCAGUGACAGAGAAGAACAAGAAAGAAUACAUCGAGCGCAUGGUGAAGUGGAGGAUAGAGAGGGGCGUGGUGCAGCAAACUGAAAGCUUGGUCCGCGGAUUUUUUGAGGUGGUUGAUGCCAGGCUUGUGUCUGUGUUUGAUGCUCGAGAGCUGGAGUUGGUGAUCGCUGGCACAGCUGAGAUCGACCUGUCAGACUGGAGGAACAACACGGAGUACAGAGGAGGUUACCAUGACCACCACAUUGUAAUCCGCUGGUUCUGGGCAGCAGUGGAGCGGUUCAACAAUGAGCAGAGACUACGACUGCUGCAGUUUGUGACAGGGACCUCCAGCAUCCCUUAUGAAGGAUUUGCAGCACUAAGAGGCAGCAAUGGACCUCGGAGAUUCUGUGUGGAGAAGUGGGGCAAAGUGACCUCCCUGCCCAGGGCUCACACUUGCUUCAACCGUCUAGACCUGCCACCUUACCCAUCUUUCUCCAUGCUUUAUGAGAAGAUGCUGACCGCUGUUGAAGAAACCAGCACUUUUGGCCUAGAGUGAUAUGAAUUUAUUACAUGCCCAUAUCUCUACAGUGCGGAGCGGAAUUUGAAAUACUGAACAAUGGCACUGGACUCCACUUUAUAGACUCUUGUGUUAAUUUAUUAUGGAUGCACCAUUGCUUUUAAAAACAUCAGUCUUUUCUCCUACUGCAAAUCAGGACUAUGAACCUACUUUGCUUUUUUGGACCAACACAAUUUAAAAUAUUCAUAAGGAACAUAUUUAUCCGGAUUUAUUGGUAACAUGAAAAAGCGACCACUGCCACCUCUGCUUUGUGGCUUCGGAACUGAAGAACUGAAAAAGGCCUAUUUGGACCUAAUUUUUAGCUUAAUUAGCGCUUUAAUUGUUUUACAGCAUCUCCUAAAAGCCUGUUGUGAUAAAUGCAUUUCCUAUUUACAGUCUUGGAUUACUGUCGGCGGUAACUUUUGAACUUUGUGGAGUUUUUCAGUGAAUGGCUGACUAAAGUCCAAAUUCAAGUUUUGGUAUCGUUGUUAUGGUAUUUUCAUCAAAAAUAUCAAAACUUCAUAAAUAGCUUUUUCUAAAUGUGUGGUCGAGAAGUGAUUGUAACAGAACUAAAGUGAACAUUUGUAAUCUUUGGCAAAUUUGACAUGAAGAAAAUAAUUGUUACAAAAUGAAUAAUUAUAUGAAACAGUAUAAUGCAUAUUGAUGUUAAUUUAUUUCCUAACUGACAGUGGUUGUGACAGUUGUUUUCUAAGUUAUUGAUCUAUAUUUGCAGGGAAGAUAUUUUGAAGAACAUACAUUCAGAGAUGCAAAACAGAUUGAAAAAUCUAACUGUAAAAUGUAAACUACUUAUAGACCUUCAAUAGCUACAGUUUCCCUCAGACUAUAGACUACAUUUAUUUGUUUGCAGAUAAUUAUAAGAUACUUGCAUCUAAAGCUUACACACAACUUUAUUAUUUAUUUUACAAUCUACAUUUUUAUUUCCGAUGUCAUGUAUGCAUAUUUUAAAGUUAUAUUCCAAUAGAUUUUUAUCUACAUUGUGUCACCACUUUGAAUUCACUUUAGUUAACCAGUAAUUCAUUUAUUACCACAAAGCAUAAUGACCAAGUAUGUUCUUUAUUAAAGGUUGCCAUUUUUUGUUUUUUCCCCAACAAAAAUAUACCUGGAAUUGUGAGUGUUUAACACAGAAAUCCUACAUAUUUAGGCUGAAUUCUUCUCUUAAAAACACUCUUGUUCAACCAUGUGAUGUUAUUUGGUAAUACAGGAACACCACACCUUCACUAAAAUAAUUUGGACGAUUUCAGACCUUGAAUUGCCAUUUUCUGCUAAACAAAAGGUAAAAUAUUAACUUGAAAAUUAUCACUACAAGGUGGAAUGGGGCAUUUUGAUCUUUUCACAUGCAGACAGACUAAUAAUGUAGGAUUACUGAAAUGUGUGAAUGAAACAAAACACAACUCCAUGUAUGUUUUUUAUGAGGAAACAACAUUGUAACAUGGCUUAAAGCUCAUAAGAGUUGCAUAAUAUAUGACCUUUAAGCAAAUCACAUGUAUUACACACUAGUGACAUGUGCAUCAUUGUUUGUUAGUCACAACUCUGCACAAAGAAUGUAAACAUAAAUGUAAAAAUACACGUUUAUAAAUGCCAUAUAGUGAUCACAAGUUUAUUUAUUGGUAGAUUAUAUUCCCUCAAGUCAUAGGCCUAUUAACACAAUCAGGUUGAGUCACCAUUUGAUUAUUUAUUACACAUGGUUAUAUUUAAGUUUCACAUAUUAAAACUUGUAAAGAAAUGUAUUGCAUUAACAUUUCCACAUACUAUUGCACUGCCCUUUUGUCAAACAGAAUGUACCAAAGUUCUUAGACCAGGCUGCCACCAUCUGUAACUAACUCACUGUUGUGUUAGCACCUUCAGUAAAAUAUCACCAGAAAUGUCAA